AUGGCUUCGAUGUUUUCUCGUCGGACAGGCUUUGCCAUCGCAGCAGGAUGUCUUUUAUUUUCAGCAUUGGCCGCGGCCAAUGUUCGUCCUGAAGAUCUAUCUGUUAGCCAGAUCGAAGAACAGCUGCAGAAUUGCCCUCUUGUUGAAUCCCUCAAUGAGCACAAAAGAUCCACAGUCCCGGAAACCACGAGCUUUACAGCGAAAAUAUUCGCUGUUCUCUUCCCAGGGAGCCCCGCCGUGAACGCCCUGCUCGCGACGCUGUAUAUUUCCGGUCCACCCAACUUCCUCCUGGCACUAUGCCCUCCCAACAUUGACCCAUCUUCUUUAUCCGUCAUGGUCGCUUUCGCCGUCGGUGGAUUACUAGGUGACACGCUCUUCCACCUCCUCCCUGAAAUUUUCCUCGGUGAAGACUCCCCCGAUCACGUCAGCUUCGUAAUGGUCGAGCCAAACAAGAACCUCCUUCUCGGACUAGGAAUCAUGGUCGGCUUCUUCACCUUCGUAGCAAUGGACAAGACACUGCGCAUCGCAACAGGCGGCGGUGGUCACGACCACUCGCACAGCCACGCACAUCCAGAGGCUGUAUCUGCAUCCACAAGCAGUGCCGAGACUGACAAGGCGACCGGUGAUCUGAAGCAGCGCAAGUCGAAAAAGUCCGACGCCAUCUCUGCCGCCCCUGAAGAGGAAAAGGAAGUUAACCCUAGCGUCAAGCUGGGCGGAUACCUUAACUUAAUUGCGGAUUUCACACACAACAUCACGGACGGUCUAGCUCUUUCCUCGUCAUUCUAUGCAUCACCUACCCUCGGUGCAACCACUACCGUUGCAGUAUUCUUCCACGAAAUCCCGCAUGAGGUAGGUGACUUCGCUUUGCUCAUCCAGUCUGGCUUCUCGAAGCGCAAGGCCAUGGGCGCGCAGUUCGUCACCGCCGUAGGUGCCUUCCUGGGUACGUUGAUCGGUAUUGCGGUACAGGAGUUUGGCGGAAGUGCUGGGCUGGAGGAUGCCCCUACUUCUGGUCUUUGGGGUACAAGCCUUACUUGGGGUGACAUGCUACUUCCCUUUACAGCGGGAACCUUCUUGUAUGUUGGGACUGUGGCUGUUAUUCCCGAGUUGCUGGAGACUGGAAAGGACAAGGGCGCCGAGGUGCGCAAGACCAUUACGCAAUUUUUGGCUGUUGCUCUCGGCGCGGGGAUUAUGCUUGCAAUCUCUUGGCAUUAA